UUGAUUUCGAGACCUAAGUGAAUACUUAUUGAAAUAAAUGCACCCUUGAUAUAUUUGUGUCAUGAUUUGCAGAAUAAAAUGAUAGCAUAUAAUAGCCGGUAAUAAAUUGGGUCGAGGAAAUUAUUCAUUUUUAAAUUGUCUUUCUCUGGGGGUGGAAUAGGUAAUUUUGUUGUGAAACACUCUUAUCGUUCACGCAACUUACUUCAUUACUUAAUAUCUUACUCAAUGUAAGGACACUCAAUCAAGUAGAUGUUGACACAUGUUCAAUACAUUGACACGGACAACGAUCAUCCCCGAGAAAUGUAUUAUUUUGGAUGUUCCACGUUCAGAUGAUGACUCGAACGUUCAAGAAGAAAUUGCACCAUAAGCAGGACAAGCGUAUGACGGAGAGCAACUCCGGGAUUUUUACAAGAUCGGGACUAUUGGGGAAAAUUCUGGGACGACAGUCAGUGGGAAACAUGGAAAAGGAGCGAGUUGUAGUUAAAACAAUGGAUAUUUCUUUGUCACCUGGUGAUGAAACUGUUGGCGAAAUCUGUCGGAUUGAAGAAAGUCCACUCAGGAUUCUGAGGAUGGCAGCGAAUGGAAAUAUUGGCGAAUUUGAGAGAAUUUUCUAUGCUGAUGAAAAUCGCCUUCAGAUCGUGGACCACAAAAUGUGGACAGCUUUACAUCACGCUGCGUCCAAGUCAAGGCUCGAAAUAAUGGACUUCAUCCUGACACAUGGCGGUGAUAUCAAUGCAGCAGAUAAAUCAGGCAUGACACCUUUACACAUAGCCGUCGAAAAAGAACAGAUAGAUGCAAUACAAUUUUUGCUGUUACGUAAAGCUGACUGGAGACAUUUUAACAAAGAUAAAUUGACCCCAUUACAUAUCGCGGUCGAUUUGGAUAAACCUGACUGCGUGACGGCUAUUCUGAAGGACGACAUUGUUGACGUAAACGUUGGGGGAGAGCAUGGUCAAACUCCACUUCAUUUGGCAGCAUACAAGGAUUUGUCAGAUUGUGCUAAAAUUCUGUUGGACCAUGGAGCACUGAUGUGUAAGCCAUGUGACAUCGGAUUCUAUCCGUUUCAUAUAGCAUGUAUGAAUAAAGCACACAAAACCAUUGAACUUAUGAUAGAAGCGGGUGAGAAACUUGGAUAUAGGAGAAAUGAAAUGAUGUCAUUUAUGGACAAAUCGAGGAAUAGACCAUUGCAUUCUGCGGUGAAUGGAGGAGAUAUCGAAGCGGUAAAGAUUUGUCUAAAUGCUGGUGCACAAAUUGAUGCCCUACAGGAUGAUGGGUCCAACCCAAUCCACCUGGCCUGUUCACAGGGUUCUCUUGAAAUGAUAAAAGUAAUGUUCGAAAAAUAUCCAGACUCCGUUGGUCAUGUCAUACGCCAAAAGGAUGUGUUGAUGAUGACGCCAUUACAUAUCGCUGCACUGGUCGAUAACCCUGAAAUUGCAACUCAUUUAAUAGAAAAUGGUGCAUCUGUCCAUGCCAAAGACAAAGAGGGUAGAACACCUUUACUUCUCGCUGCCUCUAAAUGUAGUUGGAAAACAGUAGAUGUUCUCUUGAAUUUUAAAUCAUGUCUGGGGCUGAAAGAUGACAAUCAAAGGAACUUUUUACACCUAGCCAUUAUGAACGGGGCAAAAGUAGAAAUGUUUCGAUUCGAGCGACUGGAGGCAAUAGAGUGUGCUAAAGACCUACUAGAUGCCAAAGAUGUUUCCGGAUGUAGUCCAUUGCAUUAUGCUUCAAAGGAAGGUCAUUUGGCAGCUAUAGCAGAACUAAUCAAACUUGGGGCACUUCUGAAUUGCAAAAACAAUGAAAGGCAAUCUCCUCUCCAUUUUGCAGCAAAAUAUGGUCGUUAUAACACGAUAAGGCGAUUGCUUGAUAGUAUUCAAGGAUCAAAUCUCAUAAACGAGACAGAUGGGGAUGGCCUUACAGCUCUUCACAUCGCAUCUAUGAAUGGCCAUACUAAAGUCAUUCAACUUCUCAUACAGAAGGGAGCUGUUUUACAAAGGGACAAUAAAGGUAACAGUCCUCUCCACUUAGCGGCACAGAACGGCUAUACACAAAGUAUACGAUUAUUGUUAAGUGUUCACACCCAUCUACUAAACGCCUGCAACAAGGAUGCGGACAGUGCCCUUCAUUUGGCUGCAGCAGAAGGCCAAACUAGUACUGUCACUCUGCUGAUGACCAUAGGCGCUGAAUUCACAGAGAAUAUCAAUGGAAUGACAUUCUUUGAUCUUGCUAUACAGAACACUUAUAAAGAUGUUGCUUUAGCAAUAGUCACAAAUGACAGAUGGCAGGAAGCAAUGGAUCUGAUGACAUCAAAGUAUGGUUGUCCAAUGCUUGGUCUUAUUGAACACCUCCCAGAUGUAUGCCUGGCUGUAUUGGAUCGUUGUCGAACAACAUCGGGUCAUGAACCAAGCCAUAAAUGUUUCCAUCAUAAAUUCGAAUUCAAAUACCUCCAAGCGCCAGUCGAAACAGUUGUGGCUUUGAAAAAGAAGGGAGUAGAAAUAUUACCAAUGAUCGCUUUGAAUAUGAUGGUGCGAUUCAACAGAAUAGAAUGCUUGUCACACCCUGUCAGUGUGCAGUUCCUUCAGAUGAAGUGGCAGUCCUAUGGUUGUGUAAUCCACAUGAUGAACAUAAUUCUCUACAUUAUAUUCCUUGGGUGCCUCACGAAUUUCAUUGUAUCAUCGAAUGAUCCAAUGGGGCACAAGGAUGAAUAUAAACGCAUCAAUGGGACUGAAGUACCUACGAAUGUUUGGGAGAAGCACGAAUAUUCCGUAUCACAGCUAGUGCCUGCAUCGAUAUUAGCAGCAUUCUGUCUGGCCAAUAUAAUCAAAGAAUUCUUUCAGAUGUUCCAGCAGGGCUUCAAAUAUUUCAUAGAUGUGACUAACUACAUAGAAUGGAUAUUGUAUACAACAUCAGCAGUUUUUGUUGUGCCCUCUCUACUUGGCUUUUCUACACACUGGCAGUGGGAAUGUGGAGCAAUCGCAAUCUUUCUUGCUUGGUUCAACUUCUUACUUUUCCUGCAAAGGUUCGACUUUUUUGGAAUCUACGUUGUUAUGUUCUUGGAGAUAUUGAAGACCUUGCUCCAAGUGCUCAUAGUAUUUUCUAUACUUAUUAUUGCAUUCGCGAUGGCAUUCUACAUACUUCUAUCAGGAGAGGCUACCCAUGCGUUUAAGAACCCAGGCCUCUCUCUAAUGAAGACAACAAUUAUGAUGCUUGGUGAGAUUGACUACAUCUCUCAGUUUGUCCAACCAUACACAGAUGGCGAUGACAUGACUCUACAUUUUGGAGGCUUAACGUUUGCUCUCUUGGUUGUAUUUGUGCUAUUGAUGCCUAUCCUCUUAAUGAACUUACUGAUAGGUUUGGCAGUAGGAGAUAUAGAACAGGUCCAGAGAAAUGCACGACUAAAACGACUUGCUAAACAGGUGGAACUACACACUGACAUGGAGAAGAAACUUCCCAAACGAAUCCUUAAACAUGUAGAAAAGAACGAGAUGAAAGUAUACCCCAAUUGUAAUAAAUACAUAUUUACAUGGUUAUCCUAUAAGUUGAUACAUGCCCAGAAUGGUAGUCUCGGGGAUGAUAACGCCAUGGGUGGUCAAGCUGCUCACCAGACAUAUGUAUACCAAGAGCUAUAUAAACACAAACGACGUUUAAAAGAUGUCACGUCGACAUUGGAAAAACAAUACGAACUUUUACGGCUGAUAGUUCAGAAGAUGGAAAUUCACACGGAAGCAGACUACCGUGAUGAGGGUGACUCGGGGGAAUGCUGGAAUACAGACAAGACAUCUUCAUGGGGAACACCUUCCACGAGAAGAACAAUCUUACAGAAAGCACAUGCUGUGAGGAAAUGGAGAAGAAUUACAGACUCUUCUUAAUUAUUUUCAAAUACACAUUUUGAGUUUUGCAGUGUCUAGAAAAAUAAAGCC